AUAUAUAUAUAAAAUAAAGAAGCAUCAUCUCCCACCUUGGCUCAAAAUCGCGGUUGGGCCGUAGGACAAAACUGAAAAGAGAGACUAGAGCUGCUGAAGCUGAGCGAAAGUUGUAGAAGAAGAAGAAGACGUGCUGCUGUCGUGAAGGAAGCAAUGGAAGAGGGCAAACAUAAGUCGAGGAAGGAGGGAGAAUCCAAGAGGAGUCACCGAGAUCGGGAUCGCGAGAAGGAGAGCAAUAAACAGAAACACAGGGAUAAAGAUAGAGAUAAGAGAGACCGUGGUGCUCGACGUUCUGUGAAAGAGAAGAGUUAUGAUUCUGAAGAGAGGUAUGAUAAAGAGAAGCAUCGAGACAAGGACAGUGAUAGGGCGCGUAGCCGAGAUGAUGAAAGAAAGAAAACAAGAGAAAGGAAGAGGGAUAACAAUAAAGAGAAGGACAAGGAGAGGGAGGGGGAGAAAGACAAAGAAAAGGAGAAGAGGGAGAGGGUUAGAGAGAAGGAAAGAGAAGGAGAAAGGGACAAGGAGAGGGAGAGGGAGAGGGAGAGAAGAGAACGAGAAAGAGAGGUUGAAGAUAGGGUGAGAGAGAAGAGGGAGCAUGAGAGGGAAAAUGAUAGAGAUCGAGAGAGGAGGAUAAGAGAGAGGGAGAGGCAUAGGGAUGCUGAUACUGAUGAUAUUGAUGAUCAUGUUAGGGAUCGUGAUAGGAAGCGGCAUAAGAAUGAUAAAAAUGAGUACAAGGAGAAGGAUCGAGAAAGGAGUAGUAGUAGGGUAAAGACACAUAUGGAUAAUGGAGAUGAGAGCCCACAAAAGAAAAGUGAUGAAGAUUCAGUUAAGAAGCCAACCCGUGAGGAGGAGUUAGAGAAUGAACAAAGGAAAUUGGAUGAGGAAAUGGAAAAACGAAGGAGGAGAGUUCAGGAGUGGCAAGAGUUAAAGAGAAAGAAGGAAGAAGAUGAGAGAGAUCAUGGGGAAGGGCAUGUUGAUGAACCUAUGUCCAGAAAGACCUGGACUCUUGAAGGAGAAUCUGAUGACGAAGAAGUUCAUCCCUCAGGGACAUCAGAGCCAGGUACAAACCUCAAUGGAGAAGGCAAUCUUAUUGACAAAGAAGAUGGAGAUUUCAUGGUAGAUUCUGACAACGAAACAGCUGCACUUGCUUUACCAAAUGGAGCUGAUAACGCUAGCGGGGAUGAGGAGACUGAUCCAUUAGAUGCUUUUAUGAAUUCUAUGGUAUUGCCUGAAGUUAAAAAGCUGGACAGUGCUGCAGACGCAUCAAUUUCUGAUGCGAAGAAUGAUAAAAAGGAUGGUCGAAGUAAUGGUGAACAGCAGAGGAGAGGUUUUAAUAAAUCUAUGGGAAGAAUUAUUCCUGGGGAGGAUUCGGAUUCCGAUUUUGGGGACCUUGAGAAUGAUGAAAAUGUUUUAGAAGAUGAAAAUGACGAUGAGUUCAUCAAAAGGGUGAAAAAAACAAAAGCUGAGAAACUUUCUUUAGUUGAUCACUCUAAGAUAGAUUAUGAACCAUUCCGCAAAAAUUUUUAUAUUGAGGUGAAGGAGAUCUCAAGGAUGAGUCCAGAAGAGGUGGGUGCAUGCCGGAAAGAAUUGGAAUUGAAGAUACACGGUAAGGAUGUGCCGAAGCCCAUUAAGACCUGGCAUCAAACUGGACUUACCAGUAAAAUUUUGGAAAUAAUAAAGAAACUGAACUUUGAAAAGCCUAUGCCAAUUCAGGCUCAGGCGUUACCUGUAGUUAUGAGUGGUCGAGACUGCAUCGGUGUUGGGAAAACUGGAUCAGGGAAAACCCUUGCAUUUGUUCUACCAAUGCUGAGGCAUAUCAAGGAUCAGCCACCCGUAGAAGCUGGAGAUGGGCCUAUUGGGCUUAUAAUGGCACCAACGAGGGAACUUGUUCAGCAGAUCCACAGCGAUAUUAAAAGGUUUGCCAAGGUACUGGGUCUCAGGUGUGUGCCUGUAUAUGGAGGUUCUGGUGUUGCUCAACAGAUUAGUGAAUUAAAGCGGGGUACUGAAAUUGUUGUAUGCACCCCUGGUAGGAUGAUUGACAUACUUUGCACAAGUGGAGGGAAAAUAACAAAUCUGCGUAGAGUAACUUUUUUGGUCAUGGAUGAAGCUGAUCGAAUGUUUGACAUGGGGUUUGAACCUCAAAUCACUAGAAUUGUUCAAAAUAUUCGGCCAGGUCGUCAAACUGUUUUGUUUUCAGCCACUUUCCCUCGCCAGGUUGAAGUCUUGGCGCGUAAAGUGUUGGACAAACCUGUGGAAAUACAGGUUGGUGGCAGGAGUGUUGUGAAUAAGGACAUAAUGCAAAUGGUUGAAAUGAGGCAGGAAAAUGAAAGAUUCCUGAGAUUGUUAGAGUUGCUCGGUGAAUGGAAUGAGAAAGGUAAGAUUUUGAUAUUUGUCCAGUCCCAGGACAAAUGUGAUGCUUUGUUCCGGGAUCUGAUUAGGCAUGGAUAUGCUUGUCUCUCACUUCAUGGGGCCAAAGAUCAAACAGAUCGUGAGUCCACAAUAUCUGAUUUUAAGAGUGAUGUUUGUAAUUUGUUGAUUGCAACAAGUGUUGCUGCCAGAGGAUUAGAUGUCAAGGAGCUUGAACUGGUGAUCAACUUUCAUGUCCCAAAUCAUUACGAGGACUAUGUACACCGUGUUGGACGUACAGGCCGAGCUGGUCGGAAAGGAUGUGCUAUAACGUUUAUCUCUGAGGAAGAUGCUAGAUAUGCUCCAGAUCUUGUUAAAGCAUUGGAACUUUCUGAGCAAGUUGUUCCGGAUGACCUGAAAUCUCUUGCUGAUAAUUUCAUGGCAAAAGUAACUCAGGGACUCGAGCAAGCCCAUGGGACUGGUUAUGGAGGAAGUGGUUUUAAAUUUAAUGAGGAGGAAGAUGAAGUGAGGAGAGCGGCAAAGAAAGCUCAGGCUAAAGAAUAUGGUUUUGAGGAUGACAAGUCUGAUUCAGAAGAUGAAGAUGAAGGUAUCCGAAAGGCAGGGGGCGACAUCUCUCAGCAGGCUGCCCUUGCUCAGAUAGCAGCUAUUACUGCUGCCUCCAAAGCUAGUACAGCCUCAAUGCAGACCCCUGCCUCUGCUGCCCAACCGCUUCCCAACGGUGGACUGUCUGUUUCUCUUCCAGGUGUCCUUGGUCAAGCAUUACCAGGAACAGCAUCAGUUUUCCCUGGGACUGGUUUGCCUCUUGCUAGCAAUGACGGGGCAGCUCGGGCUGCUGCGAUUGCUGCAGCCAUGAACUUGCAGCAUAACCUGGCAAAGAUUCAAGCUGAUGCAAUGCCUGAACAUUAUGAAGCAGAGUUAGAGAUAAAUGAUUUUCCUCAGAAUGCUAGAUGGAAGGUUACCCACAAGGAAACUUGGGGUGCCAUAUCAGAUUGGACUGGAGCAGCCAUCACCACCAGGGGUCAGUAUUUCCCACCUGGGAAGGUUGCAGGACCUGGAGAUCGCAAGCUCUACUUGUUUAUCGAGGGCCCUACUGAACAGUCUGUCAAGAGAGCUAAAUCGGAGUUAAAGCGGGUUUUGGAAGACAUCUCAAAUCAUGCAUUCUCACUUCCUGGUGGAGCUCAGCAAGGCAGAUAUCAAGUUAUAUAAGAGUUUUAGAUGGAAAUUUCUUCAUGGGGCCAAGCUGCUACAUAGCACUGUGUUACUGGACCUGAAAGGAUGGUUCUUGUAAGAGAGUCCUUUGUUCUUUUGCAUACUUUGCAUAGUAUUGAAAAUAGUGUAGUCAUCCUUUGCUUCUGUUGGAUUAGCUUGUGUAAUGGAUUAAGCUUUUGUGGCUUUGAUCUCUGUAAUGGGUAUUCAGCUCCGUAUUACAGAGAUCAUGAGCCUUUCUCUCGCUGCUCUUUUGACGGUGUUGGGUUACUCUUUUUACCUCUGUUGUUGAGGCUGCAUGUGACUAGUCAUUAUUGCCUUUUCAUUUGUGUCAAUUUUAUUUGUUGGGAAUUUUCUAUGUAGUGGAAGCUUUUCUUUCUACUUUCAAUAAAGAUAUGGUAUACUCAUUUGAUUUUGUUUUUACGAGUUCGGUAUGCUCACUUUGCUGUGGACUGCAGAAUGGAGAUGGAGAUGGAGAUAUAUGUCGUUUGUAUGUUUCAGCUUGAUCUAUCAGCAGAACAGAUUCUAAAUGGAGUAAUCAUUCUCAUCCCAUUAGCAGGUGGGAUGAUGUGAGCAGUUUAGAUAGUGGCCUCCAGAGCACAAAAUCUUACUGACCUGAUGGGGAGCGGUCCAUUUCAGCUGCUGGGAUAGGUGUUUGGCCUGGAAAUGGAAAAGUUCGUAAUUGAUUGUAAUAUGCAGGUUAUCGGCACUUCCUUGAUAUUUUUACAGAUUACUAGUUGGUGAUUUGAGGUGUUCUGAUUCCCCAGUUAAUUGUACGAAUACCUGGUUACAUGUCAUGUGGGUUAAGAUGGGGCAAGAAUCCGUCUAACUUCAAGAAAUCUUUAUGCCCAAUUUGUAUUUCUCAUGUACUUUCUCGCAUGUGCAAGUAAAACUUUCUGUGUAAAUAGCAAA